AUGCCGCCUAUCGAAGUUGGUCUUUCAUCUUCUCAACAAGAUUCAUUUGAACAACAUGAAGAAUUGAGUAAACUAUUGCAUGAAACGGAUGUAUUCUAUGUUCCGCUUCGAAACGAUUUCGGUGAUAACGAUCUCAAUACCAAUCAAGAUAUAACAAAACGGUUUGAUGAAGAUCUUUCUCAUAAACAUUUAAUUGUGACAUUUCGUGAUAUUGGCUAUUCAUUGUUUCUUGAUUCUGUUGAAAGUAUUCCUGAUGCAUAUGAUCAAUCGAAAAUUCGGAUUUCUGGAAAGAUGAUUGUUGAUGGCAUAUGUAUACAAUUUUUCGGUUGUUUUGAUUAUCGUAAUGAUACAAAAAAUCAUUCGGACAUUUCAGCGCAUCAAAUAAAUGGUGUUGGAAGAAUUCAACUAGACGAAGAAUACUAUCGAGAAUUAUCAUUGACACAGACUGCAUCGGAAAGUAAUCUUAAAGAGGAAAAAGUUCCUGCUGAACCCAUUAUUGUACGGAAAACUCGUCAACAAGCAGCAAAAUUAAAAGAACGAUCGACAACGAAGACAUCAACAAGCAAACCAAAAACACGUUCACGAACUAUCAGCGAAAAUCUCUUGCCCAAAAGCCGUACAAGUGUUUCCACGAGUCCUCCGCCGCCAUUACCGAUUACUAAUCCACUUCCACAUUCGUCUAUUUCGACCACACGACCACGCAUACAUUCGCCAACUCACAUGCCGUAUCCCUUACGUUCACCGCGCACAAAACAACAUCGUACUUCAUCACCAGUUCAUUCUAAUCAGUCGUCUACAUCAAGAAAUUCCGAAGUUCAUCCAUCUCUUAUUUCAAAUGCUCCAACAGCAUUCAGUGAAUAUCCUCAAACAAAUUCAACACCAACUAUCUCACAGCCCGUGGGACCAUCUCAAUCACAUCGUGUACAAGUUAUGUCUCCUCCUCCCAAUUUUUCAUCAGCUGCAAACGAUCCACCAACUCUCCCCAUACAAAUUCCGUCAUCGUCAAAUACAGGUCCUCCUACGGCAUCAUUACCACAACUAACAAAUCUACUUCCAGUAAAUCAAUCUCAUUCAUUACCAACCUAUUUUUUUCCUGCAUCAAGUAUUGCCUAUAUAGCAACGCCUGCAUCAACCAACAGUCCAUCCGGUGGGCCCUUUGAUUUAGCGCCAUUUGCUGGUAGCACAGGUGUUUUCUUAUUUACGACUUCAAGUCAACAUUCAACACAACCGGUACAUAUAUUAGCACCUUUUGAUCAUAGAUCAUUACAAUUUGCACAUAUUGCACCAACAAGUUUAUUUGUACCUCCGCCUGUUUCCCCACAAAUGUCAGCAUCACGUACAUGCAAUAUUCUUCAGCCGCCAUCAGCCACGGAAUCAAUGUCUAGUUUACAAAACAAACGACAUGAAAAUGAAGAUGAUAAACUCAAUCAACAAUCAUUACAAACCAAUAAGCAAUCGACUGAACAAUUACCAUUUAAAAAGCGUCGCUACGUUGGUCAGCAUACCCGAAUGCCCACUGUUCAUAGAGAUGAUGAUGUUGUAUCUGAUGAAUGUGUAAAAAAGUAA